AUGCCAAAUAAGAGGGGCCGCAACAAGAACCUACCCAAGAUAGAGUUUCUUCCCCUCUUCCCCUCCCUGUGAUUGUUCAAACCUGCUAAUAAGAGGGGGAAAAAAACUAGCUACGACCUCCCAACACCGACAGAUUGGCACCCAACCAAGAAGCGCAAACGCCCCCAGAAAACUGGUGACGAUACCCCAAAGGAAUUCACCCGCCUCCUCUCCCGCAUCCAACGGAACAAGCCCAGGCCGAACGGCCUCGAUGACCCCCCUACCAAAACGAGGAAACACCACCCGGUCCCAGAGCUGAAAAUCCAACCUAGCGAAUCCCUCCGACAAUUCAACCGUCGUGUCGACGCUAGUCUGCCAAUAACGCUGAAACCAGAGGGUUGUAGCAAAGCGCAGCGCGCGAGGGAGAAGAAGAAGAAGGAAAAGGCUAAAUCUAUCCCUGCUGCCGGCCCCAGCGGCGAUGAUGAUGGCGAAGGGGGAGAUUGGGGUGAGGAGGAGGGAGGGGGGAAACGCAAGCGCGGAAGGAAUAAAGGUCGUGGAGUAAGUCCCGACCCCUGGGCCGCACUCGCGGAAAAGCGACGGAUGGCGAAGUUCUCGGAUUUGGCCACGGCGCCGCCGACGCUCGUCAAGCCGAAGGGUGUACUGCACUCGCGCGGGGUUGUGGAUGUUGAGGAGGUGCCGAAGAGUGCAGGUAGUUUGGCUAGGAGGGAGGGGUUGGCGGCGGAGAGGAGGGGGAUAGUUGAGGGGUAUCGGAGGUGGGCGGAGGAGCAGAGGGGGGGAAAGGGGGUUGGCGGCUAG